GGAGGCUGGGCCAACAGGAGGGAGGCGGCUGGUUGGUGGAGGCCAGUGUUGGUGAGCUGGCCAGCUUUCUCCAAGCACCCUUCCCCGUGUCAUUUGUCACCUGCCUGGAACCACCCCAACACCAUGACAGCCCGAGACCUCUCUGGGAUGUGCUGUCAGCUGCACCUACUGCCUCAGCCCCCGCCCCCGCCAGCCAGCCUCUCCUCCCACACCAGCCCCUGCCGCCUGCCGCCUGCCUGCGUCAUCUCAUUCAGGGACAGCCUGGCCUGCCUCCUCCUGGCUUGCUUUGGGCUGUCACCCACUCCCCCUGCCGGCUGUCUGCUUCCAUGUCCUCCCCCGGAAACUGUGACGGGCUGGGGUGGAGGCAGGUGCUAAGAAAUGAGAAGCUGGGACAUUUGGGUCCCCGGAGUCCUGGCCAGGCUUGGUUAGGGACACAUGCUCCUCACUUCCAAAUGCGACUGUGUCAUGUGCAGAGAAAAGGUGGGAUUGGGGGGCAGGGAGUGUUGUGUUUUAAAGGGGACCUGAGCCCAGCACCCCUGAGUUAGGGAGAUACCAGAGCAUAGCUUUCUGGGGCUCCUGUGCUCGGCCCCACCAGCCCCGAAACUGCUGCUCUCCUGUAUCUUCUAACUCAACCUGGGCCAUCUUAGGUUCAGGGAGAGUCAGUGAGGGAUACAUGCGGUUACCAUGGCUACAGAGCUUCUCAAUAAAGCCUGGUAACCAAAAAAGGCGAGAGGGGCUUGGGAUCAGACAAGGAAAGAAGUGAGUGACAGAGGAAAGAGUCAAGGCACAGGAGGACAGAGGACAGUAGAAAGGGGUAGCCCCUUGGGGCCAGGAGAGAAGGCAGUGCCAGGUCCAUCCCCACUCAUUGGAACAAGGCCCUUCUCUCUGGGUUUUCUGUCUCUGCACUUGGCAUCUGUGGGCCCAGGCCUGGCUUGGACGAUCCAGGAAGAGAGGCCUCCAUCCAGCAUCUCCUAAGGACACAGACUGGAAGUCCCUCCUCCCUCACUCCCUCAUCCCUCCUGUUGCAGACCUGGGCCAGGACCAGGGCUUAGAAGAAGGAGGCUAUGCCUUCUCUCCCCUCUGGGCAGAAUCUUCCCUUCUGGGCCUUGGAUCCUUUAGUAUUUGCCAAGCCAGGGCGUCAGACCCCAGCCUCCGAUUUGUCUUCCUUUUGGCUCCCAGUUCUGCCCCACAGUGGGUGGCAGGCAUGGGGGGGGCCGCCCUUGCCACAUCUCUGAGCUAAAUAUACCCUAGCAGUUUGCACAUGUAGCAACUCUGCUUGUAACCUGAGCCCCCCAGGGAACGGGCAGUUUGGGCCACCCCCUAGGCCAGCAGGCCCAGGCACCGAGGGCUCCGGGAUGGAGGUGCCCAGUCGGACCCUCGUGGUGGGCUCGGCAGAGUCCUAUACCAGCCGCCCUUCAGACUCUGACGUGUCUCUGGAAGAAGACCGAGAAGCCUUAAGGAAGGAGGCAGAGCGCCAGGCGUUGGCCCAGCUCGAGAAAGCCAAGACCAAGCCAGUGGCAUUUGCAGUUCGGACAAAUGUGGGCUACAACCCGUCUCCCGGGGACGAGGUGCCUGUGCAGGGCGUGGCCAUCACCUUCGAGCCCAAGGACUUCCUGCACAUCAAGGAGAAAUACAAUAACGACUGGUGGAUCGGGCGGCUGGUGAAGGAGGGCUGUGAGGUGGGCUUCAUUCCCAGCCCCGUCAAGCUGGACAGCCUGCGGCUGCUGCAGGAACAGAAGCUUCGCCAGAACCGCCUCAGCUCCAGCAAAUCAGGUGACAACUCCAGUUCCAGCCUGGGAGACGCGGUGACCCGCCGCCCCACCCCCCCCGCCAGUGGUAAUGAGGUGACUAACUUAGCCUUUGAGCUAGACCCCCUAGAGUUAGAGGAGGACGAGGUGGAGCUGGGGGGGCAGGACGGCUCCGCCAAGACUAGCGUUAGCAGUGUCACCACCCCGCCGCCCCACGGCAAGCGCAUCCCCUUCUUUAAGAAGACAGAUCAUGUGCCCCCCUAUGACGUGGUGCCUUCCAUGAGGCCCAUCAUCCUCGUGGGACCAUCGCUCAAGGGCUAUGAGGUCACCGACAUGAUGCAGAAAGCGCUGUUCGACUUCCUGAAGCAUCGGUUCGAUGGCAGGAUCUCCAUCACCCGGGUGACAGCCGACAUCUCCCUGGCCAAGCGUUCUGUCCUCAACAACCCCAGCAAGCACGUCAUCAUCGAGCGCUCCAACACACGCUCCAGCCUGGCCGAGGUGCAGAGUGAGAUCGAGCGGAUCUUCGAGCUGGCCCGGACCCUGCAGCUGGUUGCCCUGGACGCAGACACCAUAAACCACCCGGCCCAGCUCUUCAAGACCUCACUGGCGCCCAUCACUGUUUACAUCAAGAUCACCUCCCCCAAGGUCCUUCAGAGGCUCAUCAAAUCCCGAGGGAAAUCUCAGUCCAAACACCUCAACGUCCAAAUAGCAGCCUCGGAGAAGCUGGCCCAGUGUCCCCCCGAAAUGUUUGACAUCAUCCUGGACGAGAACCAAUUGGAGGACGCCUGCGAGCACCUAGCCGAGUACUUGGAAGCCUACUGGAAGGCCACGCACCCGCCCAGCAGCACGCCGCCCAAUCCGCUGCUGAACCGCACCAUGGCUACCGCAGCCCUGGCUGCCAGCCCCGCCCCCGUCUCCAACCUCCAGGUACAGGUGCUCACCUCUCUCAGGAGGAACCUCAGCUUCUGGGGCGGGCUGGAGACCUCGCAGCGGGGCGGCGCGGUGCCCCAGCAGCAGGAGCACGCCAUGUAGCGGUGUCCGGCUGUGUUCCCUUCGCCCUGGAGUGCAGGAACGUGGGGAAGGGAGGGAAGAGCUUUAUUUUGUAAAAAACGUGGUGAGCGGCAGCUUCCGGUGUCUGUGGUUUUUGCUGGGACUGGGACUGGCUGGUGCUGCCUCCCUGGGCCUGGGGCUGUAGCACUCCUCUUGGCCGGGAGGCCUGACCAGUGCCCUCAUAAGACCAGAGACUGCGAGGAGAAUAAAACAUGAGACAACUCUUCCACUGGACUCCACAGAUCAGGGGCACUCAGACUCGGGAACGAGACAGCGGGGACACCUGAUUCA